GUUUACAUCGAAAGAGGAGAAGAGAAAACAGAAAGAGGACACCGCCCCUGCCGCCCUUGCUUCUCUCCUUCUCCGCCACUACCGUGUUUCAUCUCUCUCUCGCUCUCGCUUGCGCAUAUUUUUUUUAAUCUUUCACUCUUUCCAAGAACCCACCACUCAUCUUCGUCUUCUUCCUGUUCUCUGUGUUGCUACUACGAGUUUCCAUUCAUCUCUGUCCAUCUUUGAUCUUCUUGGAACCCUGGUUCUUUGGCAUGGUGGAACCUUGAAGUAGCCAUGGAUUUCAGCAAGCUUUUUCCACUCUUGAAAAAUUUUUCUACCUAUUCUUCAUGUUCACACAAGGGACGGGUUGUCUCUGGGUUUUGCCUCGGAGUUGUUGUCUCUAUAUUAGUGCUUUCCCUGAUCGCCUCCAUCAACACCACCACAUUUUCUUGGACAGCUAUCACCACCACUGCUAACUCUUCCUCCGUGCUUUCCAGGUCUUACUCUCCCCCAGGGAACUCAUCAAGAGGCAAUCUUUAUGGGAGAGAAACUGGUGUGAAGGAUCUCCAUGCAAUAGAGAGUAAUGUGACAGCGUUGAACUCAUCAAGAGGCAAUCUUUACGGGAGAGAAACAGUUUUGAAGGAUCUCCAUGCAGUAGGGAGUAAUGCAACAGCGUUGAAGUCAUCAAGAGGCAAUCUUUAUGGGAGAGAAACAGGUUUGAAGGAUCUCCAUGCAAUAGAGAGUAAUGUGACAGCGUUGAGCUCUAACUCGAGUGAUCCUGGGAAGGCCAAAGAUGGGAACUUUACUGGAAUUCCAGAGAUCAAUGGGGGUUUCACGGCGGACAAGGAGGGGAUCGCUUCUUGGAAUGGCAGUGCCACUGAUGGGAAGCCGCUGGAAUUGGACGCAAAGAACCUGACAAAGAAUUUGACCAAGGAUGAGGCGAGUGAGGUGAUCUUUGAGAAAAAAGAUGCUUUUGCUUCUGGUUCUGGUUCUGGUUCUGGUUCUGUGCAAGUUAAGGGAGAGGCCUCCGGAAAGUGUGAUAUAUUCAAUGGGAGAUGGGUGAGGGAUGAAUGGAAGCCAUAUUAUCCUGCUGGUUCUUGUCCACACAUUGAUAUUGAUUUCAAUUGUCAUCUCAAUGGAAGGCCUGAUGAUGAUUUCUUGAGAUGGAAAUGGCAGCCUUAUGGAUGCGACAUUCCCAGCUUGAACGCAACUGAUUUUCUGGAAAGAUUGAGAGGGAAAAGGUUGGUCUUUGUUGGAGAUUCACUUAAUCGUAAUAUGUGGGAGUCUCUGGUCUGCAUCCUUCGCCAUAGUGUGAAUCACAAAAACAAGGUCUAUGAAGCCUCAGGAAAAAGACAAUUCAAAACAAGAGGAUAUUAUUCCUUCAGAUUUGAGGAUCAUAAUUGCUCAGUUGAUUUUGUUCGAUCAACUUUUCUAGUCAAGGAGCUAUUUAUAAAGUAUGCGAAUGGAUCAGAAGAUGAGAGGUUAAGGUUGGAUCUCUUAGAUGAAACAACCACUGCAUAUAAGGAUGCCGAGGUUAUUGUAUUCAAUACAGGCCACUGGUGGACCCAUGAGAAAACAUCAAGAGGAAUGGACUAUUAUCAAGAAGGUGAUUAUGUGUAUCCACGUCUCAAGGUGAUGGAAGCCUACAAAAAAGCGCUUACCACCUGGGGCAGAUGGGUUGACAAGAAUGUAAAUCGUAACAAAACUCAAGUUGUCUUCAGAGGAUAUUCCCUCACUCACUUCAGAGGAGGACAAUGGAACUCUGGCGGACAGUGCCACAAAGAAACUGAACCCAUCUUUAAUGGAACUUAUCUUACCAAGUACCCAGGGAAGAUGAAAGUUUUAGAACAAGUGCUCAAUCAGAUGGAAACACCAGUAAUAUACCUGAAUGUCAGCAGACUCACAGACUACAGGAAGGAUGGACACCCUUCAAUAUAUCGAAAAGAAUACAAAACACCAGAGGAACUGCUCGCCGCUGAGACAACUCAAGACUGCAGUCACUGGUGCCUGCCUGGAAUACCUGACACCUGGAAUGAGCUACUCUAUGCUUCUUUGCUGAGCCAUGGUAAAGGGUCCUGGCAGAGAUGAACAAUCAUCCAGUGCCAUGCAGUUGCAGUUAGUUUCUGCUAUCUGUAGCUAUAUAUAUAUGCAUUCAGGAAAGGAAAACCACUGAAGAGUUUUCCUGUAUAUUCUUUUUAUUAU